GCCUAGUGAAAGCAUUUCAUUUCACACUCAAGUCUGUGGAUACCACAAUGGAUGGCUCCGGUGGGCGGUGUAUAUGCAGCUCAACGCCAAAUCAGAAGCGAAAGAUAGACCCAAACAGUCCAACUGUAUCCUCUGCCUUCGAAUUAUCUGACGGUGGGUAUUAUUCAGCAACGACGUGUUCACCCUGGUGCGUCGGAGAAAGUGCGCGACGGAGCUCGGAUCUUCCGCAUUCAGUUGGCAGACAGUCGUACAGAGGAAAGCGUCGAUUAGACAUUGUCUCAGUCUUAAUGGACUUUGAUCAUACCGGCUACCUCCUAGAGCGCAUACUAGGGUAUAUUCCAGUGUGCGAUCGAAUCACACUGCUAUCCGUAUCUACUAAUUGGUAUAAACUUAAGAAAAAAUUUCCGAACUUGUUUUUAAUGAAACCGAAGUCAAAUGACCCUGAGGAGAAAGAAAACUACAUGUCUUGGACGAGUAGAGACACACCUUGCGCCAGAGUUCCUCUCAGCGGUGUGAAUUCACGAACUGUACAGGAACGACAACUCCCUGUUGCUCAAUCUCUAGUACAGGAAUCGUCUGAGGUUGUCAUGGAACGAGAAGACUUGCACCCUUGCCCAAUCUGUUCCGGCCCCGCCCACUAUCGCCCAUCCGAAUGGCCAAAUCGCCUUCAUUGUCAAUCCACCAGCUGCGGUAUUUCAGUAUGCUACGUCUGUCGCCGUGAACAUUCACCCAGCGACAGAUGUUCUGUUCGCAGCCCCCGGCCAAGACUCAGGAUGCCUUCUCCUGAAUCGGACCCUCACAGUGCACCAACAAGGAGAAGAUUAAACAAACUGGCACUGCGACGCUUGUGAUCUGAACACGUGUUAUUCUAUGUACAGUUCGUUACCUGUUUUUAACAGUUUUAUCUUGUUCUUUCAGUUCGACGUGUUAAUAAACAUUUUACCGUCUUA